AUGGGCAUUGCUUAUAUUCAAACACAUCCAGGCUUUCCCACAUUAGAAUUUGGAGUAUCAAAAAAUCCUAGCAAUAAUUCAAGAAAAUCCAGAAAACUUAGAAAAUUAUCCACAAGUACCAUUAGUGAUGAUGAGCUAAAUAUGAAAGAAAUAAAAAGACAAAUAUUAUUGAAGUCUCAAGCAUUGAAGAUAAUAUUGAUUCAAGUCAAAUGA